AUGAUCACUAGGACUGUCCAAUUAUUGAUCAGGGGCGGGUCUUGGUGUUCAAUGAACUGAAUUGACUCCAUUAAAAAGUGUCAGAGUUGAACUUUUAGCAGAAGAAGCGCUGCAGAGUAGAGACACACAGCUGACUUGAAAUGGCAUCUAUUCGUCGACAAAUCCUCUACACACCAAAAGCCCCUGUCAGACAGGGCAUAUACAGCCAGUCGGUGGUUGUGGACAGAACAAUGUACAUCUCGGGUCAGCUGGGGAUGGACGUGGCUUCCGGUCAGCUGGUAGAUGGAGGUGUGCAGGCCCAGGCCAAACAGGCUCUCGUCAAUAUGGGGGAGAUCCUUAAAGCUGCUGGGUGUGACUAUACCAAUGUGGUGAAGACGACUGUGCUGCUCGCUGAUAUCAAUGACUUUAACAGCGUCAAUGAGGUCUACAAAACAUUUUUCAUCAGCAACUUCCCUGCCAGAGCUGCCUACCAAGUCGCUGCUCUCCCCAGAGGUGGGCUGGUGGAAAUUGAGGCGGUUGCUGUUCUCGGUCCUCUCUCAGACUCCUGACUAGAUGGCCACAUCACAAACAAGCUGUAGUCUAUAACCAUCAAGUGACCUUUAGUUGUACAGCCUUAAUGUAUUUCAAGAUAACAUAUGAAAGACCAAGCUAGGAUCUUGUUGACUUUUGUUUACCAUAUUUUCAGUUUUAAGCAUGAUUUUGUUUCUCCUCUGGCCACCGUAGCUGGUUGACUGCACUUAUGAACUACUUUCAGUAUUAUACCACUUAAGAUUAAAACCCUUAACUUAAGUGGGAUCGUAUCUGUACGACCUGUCUUAACAUUCCCUGGUGGCCAGAUUCAACUUCCUCUCGUGCUGUUUCUGGUUUGGUUUCUCAUCUUCUGUUUUGUUCCAGAGAAAUAUUAUAACGCAUUUUAAAAGUGCAACUCUAAUAAUAAAAAAAAAAGUAGUAGACCUCUGA